AUGUUUCGUGCAACACUUUUUCUAGCAGUCAUCGUUGUCUCUGUGCAAUUUGCGCUGAUACAGCACACCGCUGCUCAAUUCAAGCCCACGCUGCUCUAUCAAGUGGUGGAGACGCCGGUAAAUAUGCCGCUAGCAGACCAGCGACUUCAUUUCGAUCAAGCUUGCCGCAACUCGUCUGGCGUGUCUUUGGACUACUACCAGUUAAAGGGUGGCAAGACGUACGCUUGGUGCCAGAAUCACGACGCGAUAGACUUGAUGAAACAAGUGUCCAAGAAGUUGACCACAUGGAAGCCGUGGUGGUUCGUCAAGACGUAG